CGUCGUGUGCAGAGAGGAUUGGAUGUGAAAGCCAAGAGAGAGAAAAUUGAGAAGAUGGAUAAGCGCCCCGAAGGAGUGGAGGCUCCACCGUAUGUUGUGGUAGUACAAGGCCCACCAGGGUGCGGUAAGACGACGCUUAUUCGAAGUCUGGUGAAACACUAUACUAAGACAACGCUGGGGGCAACUAUCGAGGGCCCAAUCACCGUGGUAUCUGGCCGUAACCGCCGUUUGACGUUCAUAGAGUGCCCGGCUAAUGACAUGCGAGCCAUGAUUGACUUAGCGAAAGUGGCUGACUUGGUUUUACUCAUGGUAGACGCCGUGAGGGGGUUCGAAAUGGAGACCUUUGAAUUCAUCAACAUCAUGCAGGUCCAUGGCUUUCCACGUAUACUCGGCAUCCUUACUCACUUGGAUGGGUUCAAAGAAUCCAAGAGUAUUCGCAAGAUGAAGAAACGGUACAAGGCUAGGUUUUGGGCGGAGCUCUACGAUGGUGCUAAGAUGUUCUAUUUGAGUGGUAUCCAAUAUAGUGGGACGCGUUAUAACAAGACGGAAGUCACCAACUUGGCGAGGCAGGUCUUUCAUCGUCACGCUGCAGCUGAGUUCUCCUACAACCUCAGGUUCAUCGCUAUCCAGAAAUUCGCUCCUUUAUCGUGGCGUCAGAAUCACUCUUAUCUUGUGGCCCACCGUUGGGAGGAUCAAACGCUUGUGCCUGAUAGUGACACCAGGACCUUGGCACUCUAUGG